UGCACUUUUCGCUGUACGUUACCGCUUAAGUUACUCACAAACAGAAUUAAUAAACAACUUAAAUUGCCCAAAUCCGCAAACCAACACUUUGGUACAAACGUUAGCAAUUGUCCCUUCUGGUGUGCCGUCCCGAAAAGGUUCCGUUUCCAAAGCAACAAGGACGCUGGGUCACAGGCCAAACACUGAAAUGUGAUGAACGGAUACCUUAUGUCACUAGCACUUUUCACAAACUGCCUAAACUAAAACACAGGGCCUGUUUUCAACAGAUGGUCAGUAAAAGCAGGGGACUGUGCCGGUCUCCAUGGCUGCUGUGAACUCAGUACAGUAUUUUAUUGAGAAGUUCUCUGUGCCUUGCAACAAGCUGGUGUCCCACCUGCAGCUGGCCUGCUGUCCUUCUCACUGUGCUGUCCCAUGGCAGGACAGGAAUAUAAGGAUUUACGAAAACAACAACCUGGAGCCUCACUUGGAACUCACUGGCCAUCACGGUGAUGUGUCUGCUAUGGUGUUUGGGACGUUGAGAGAUCAUCUCAUCCUCUGUAGCGCUUCUGAAGAUUAUGUUAUCAUCUGGGACAUUAAUCGUUGCUACAGACAGGUUAAAGAAGGUGGAACUGCCUCAGGUAGAGUUGUUGGCACAUUGCUCGGCAGAGUGGUGCAUCUGUCACUGUGCCCGUUGAGUGCGAAAGUGGCCGCAUGUUCAGGUUCCAGAGUGUUUCUAUUGAAUGCAGAGAGAGAGGAAGUGCUUGGAGUUUUGAAAGCUCAUCUUGGUCCUGUGACUGCAUCGGAAUUCUGUCCAUGGGAUGUUAAUCUUCUUAUCUCAACAUCAGAAGACAGAACAUUUAAGAUUUGGGAUGUGAGGAAGGGAGAAAUCCUCUUUGAAUCUGCUGUCCUAUCAGCGUAUCCUUUGCUUAGUCUGUUCUUCGUGGAGCAAAACAGUCAGUUCAUCACAGGGUCUGCUGAUGGACAACUUUGGUGCUACACUCUCCCUGUGGACCACAAAUGUCACUUGGUGACAAAACUGGACCUUUCAAAGCUUGAGCAGAAGCAUGAGAGAAACCUCAGAAAACCCAGCUCACCUCAAAAUAGAGCAGAUGGAAUGACUCGUAAUGAUGUGAAAGGAACGGUGGAGACAGCAAAGCCUGUUCUGAGAAUCUGGGCACAGAAACUGCAGUCCUGUCAUGCUAGCCUGCAGCAGAGAGGAUGUUUUGUGUGGAUCGGAAGUUCUGAUGGACUGUAUCUGCUUGACCUGGAUACUUCAGAGCUUCUCAUGACUCUUCCACUCAAAGGUGAUCUAAGCAUUUCAAUGGCAGGAUCAUGGGCCAUCUCUAAUGGACUUGGUGGCAAUACCUGCUGUUUGGUGACUUCUCUGUUUGGGACUUCAGUAGCCCUUUUAGAGGUUAAUAGUACCAGGCUGGACAAUCUCUGCUUUCGGAUGGCAACGGGCUUCUCUGUGGACGAGCAGAUUUCAGUUGUGCCCAGUUCUCCUCUGAUGACUAUGUCCCCUCUGAAUGCUGAGCUGAUGAAACAUGGCCCAAAACCUCAGAGAAAAAUAGGUGUGAGCUGUCAGAAGAGUGUAAAGGAUCAACCUUUGGUUUUUCACACACGAGUGAAGUCAUCAGGAUACAAUACAGCUCCUCAGACGAUGUUUAGACCAAAGACCAAUGUUAAGAAGAAAAGCCACUCAACCUCAACAACUAGCACAAAUACGAAAGGCCUUUUAAGGGAGUAUCCAUCACACUUUGAAGCACCAAGCAUGCCUUAUGCUCAUUUGACAGUUUCCACAACUCCAACCCCAGUCAGCUCUCUGCAGUACUCAGGAGAUGGAAAGCAGAUUGCGUGUGGUCUUGGAGACGGUUCUGUUUUGUUGUAUAAAUCUUCACUCACCGGCAACCCAGCUGUCUACACAGGGCACAGUAAGGCUGUGAACUCUAUAUGCUGGAGUCACAGUAAGCGGUGGUUUUUGAGUACCUCUGAGGACCCCACCCUUUGCAUCUGGACGGCGAAUGCUUCUGAACCUGUUCUGACCAUGGGAGAUGACCAGUUCGCAAAGCCCAUAAGAUGUGCACAGUUUUAUUAUCUGGACAAGUUUUUACUGCUGGCGUCGGGAUCAAAUCUAAUGCUGUACCUUUACCAUCUGGACACCACAAGAGAUGACAUCAAGAGGUAUAAGCAAAGAAGCAAGUCCAAAUUGGCCAGUAAACUGACCAUGAAGUCAGAAACGGACAUCACUUCAGUGUCAGCCAUCAAUGACUUCUACUCCUAUAUCGUCUUGGCUUCCGGUGCUGACCGCACCAUCCAGGUGUUUGAUAUGAACCAGGGCUGCAUGGCCACUCAGAUCCCAGAUGCCCACUGUCGAGCUGUCCACCACCUCACCCAGAACAGGGGAUCCCCGUUCUGUACACAGGCCUUGGAAUCGUACAAUCUCUUCCUGAGCAGCGCUAUAACAGAUGGUCUGAAACUGUGGGACCUGCGCACUGCAAGGUGUAUUCGCCGCUAUGAGAGCCACGUCAACCGCUGUCACCAUUGCACUGCGGCCUUCUCCCCUUGCGGUCGCUUUAUAACUACUGGCUCAGAGGACCAUUCUGCCUAUGUUUAUGACACACGCAGCAGCAACUUUCUCCAUAAGCUCCCAAGACACUCUGAAACAGUCCUGAAUGUGGCUUUCAACCCUGCCAGUCCAGAGCUGUUGACUGGAACGCUUGAUGGAAAACUGGCUUUGUUUCAUUCGGCCGAAUCUCUUCUCCUCUAAGUGUGGAAUCUACCCCGACAGCUCAGUUCUUGUCCGAAGUUCAGCGAUGCUGCAGUCUAAUGAAAGACUUACAUCAGUCACGUUGAGAUUACUCUGCUGGCGUACCACCUCCGAGACCUACAUCAUGGACGGGAUCUGUGAUUUCAUCAUUUCAGCCGCCAUUGACAACCUACAGAUGUUACAACAUGCUUACGCCCUCAACCAUCAAGCCAAAGACGCACCCUCAGAGGAAAGUCCAUUUGAACUUUACAUAGCAACAUGUUCCCAUGCGCUGAUACACAUAGUGUACACACACUAUGCAGUAUUAUGCACAGGUUCAUCUUUUUAUUUGAUGUGUAAUAUUAUUUGCAGCAAAGUGAUAAUAAAGUAGGCUUAAUAGUCCUUUCAGAAUGGUUUAUUCUAUAUAAAAUGUGUUUUUCAGUCAUUUAAGACCCCAAAUGAUUCAUUUCCAAGGUGCUCCUAUUUGAAUGAAGAUGGAUGGAAGGUGAGUUUAUAUUUUAGUUUAUAUUCUAUACACCAGCCACUUUGGCAUUCUCAUUAUCUUUUAGUCUCACCAGAAUCAAUAAUAGCAUGAAGGCAGUAAUAAAUGCUAAUUUAUGCUGUCUAAACCACAGAAAAAAAUGUGUGGAAGCUGCUAAAUCAUAUAGAGUAACACUUAGUAAACAGGAAAGGGCGCAAUAUUUUGACAAACUAAAGUUAAUACGUGGUAAAGAUACGUAUGAGCAGUAUUAAUUAAGAUGUUAACCUAAUAUUUCACCUACCUGACUGGAAAUGAUAAGAAGAAACAUGAAUGUUGUCAAGAUUCUUGCUCUAGAAAUCCUUUGGCCAACCACAAAUGCCUUUUGUUCCUCAGACAGUUUUUUUGCACUCUACUCCUUGAUUUGUUAUAACUUUUGGCAGUCUAUUGUACUCCAAAUGUUUUUCCCAGUCCAACCAAUUAGUAGAGCCCAAAACAUGACAAUAAUUGAUCGUUUUCAGCAGCAAUAAUCAGCAAAAUAUGUGAGUUGCAUUCGGUUCAGUGGCAUUGUUUACAUUCAGUGCCGCCAAUAUGGCCGACUGAUGACGUGCUGUGAAAACACUCUAUUGUUGCUUGUUAGGAAAAUCUGACAAGCCACUUCGUUUUUUUACAUUUUGUGUUCGCCGCUAGGAAAAUCUAAGGAAAAUCAGCUAACACACUAUGCUGUUUUGCCCCAUACUGUAGGUGGGGUAAAACGCCCCCUUGGUACAUUUCUGUUAAAAAACUAAUAACAUGAAAACUCUGGACAUUUUUCAUACUUUGUUUAUAAUUUAUGUCAUUGUCACUAAAACUAUGAUAAC